AUGUCGCUUAGCCGAGUUUCCCUGCGCGAGCAGGCGUCGGAUUGGAUAGUGAUGGAGGGGCGGUACCGUUUGGAGGGCGAGCGGCCACAGGUUGGGCGUCAGAAGCUGUCGCACCAGAUGCCAGCGGCCGGAGCAUUGCCGGCGCGGAACUCCCUGCAGCUGCCGGGCGCCAUCCUCAUCGCGGUCGCGAGCACACUCCACAUGUACAACAGCGCGCAGGCCGCCGAGCCCGCCGUGGCGUCGGUCAGCUUCUCCCCGGCCACGAUCACCGCGCUCGCGGGGUGCCCCGAGGUGCCGGGCGUGGACGUGUUCGUCGGACUGUCGACCGGCGAGGUCGCGAUCCUCGACGCGUCCACGCUCAGCACCAAGGCCGAGAUCCCAAAAGACGUCGUCGUGCUGUGCAAGCCCGACGAGAUCACCAUCGGCAGCGACGUGGUCGCGGCGUCCAUCCUCCCCGGCGCGUCGGACGCCACCGCGGUGGUGGUGUACGCGUGCGGCACCGCGGCGACGUUCGUCAUCCCGGAGGUGGACCCGGAGAGCAGGCUGACGAAGAAGGAACGCAAGGCGAUCAACUCCGGCAUCGGGUUCUCCGUCACGGGCAUGGCGACGCGCGUGACGGCCGCCACCGUGACCGCGCCGCCGAUGCUCACGGGCGCCGUCAACGGCCGCCCCGGACGCGAGGAGCUGUCCGUGCAGGACAGCCUGGACGCCUCCGGCAGCACCGCGACCAACAGUCACGGCGGCAACGGCCAGAACGGCGCCGCCGCCAACGGCCUGGUCAGCGAGCAGCGGCUGUCGGCGGGCGCACACGUCACCUGCGCCGCGCUCUCCCCCGACGGCCGCAUGAUCGCCAUGGGCUUCGAGUCCGGGACGACCGCCGUGCUCGACCGCGACACCCUCGCGCUCCAGCAGGGCUUCACGUCGUUCUUCGGCUCGGUGCUGUGCCUGGCGUGGUCGCCGGAUGCCGCCGUGCUGGCCGCGGGCGGGCAGGACGACCUGAUCGCGGUGUACUCGCUGCGGCACCGUGCGACGCUCGCGUGGUGCGAGGCGCACCAGUCCUGGGUGUCGGGCGUGGCCUUUGACGGGCAGCACUGUCAGCGGGGGAGUCGCGACCCCACGUCUGACGAAGUGACGCCGGACGUGUACCGCGUGGUGAGCGUCGGACAGGACUGCCAGCUCGCCGUCUGGGACGUCGUCCUCGACGCCGACAUCGUCGAGGCGGCGGAGGAGCGGCGGGACGCAGCACUGGCGCUGGCGAACCGCGCGGCGUCGAUCAGCGCGGACGGCGGGGGCAGCGAGGUGGGGACGCCGGGCGGGCAGGCGCCGGGGGGGCUGUCGAUGGCGCUCGGGGGCAUGUCGGUGGGCGGGGGCGCGAAGGGCGAGGGCGUUGUUUUGCCGUCGGUGCCCCGGGGGGGUAUGACGCUGCUGAUGCCGCUGGUGGUGUGCGCGGUGCACCCGGAGCCGUGCUGCGCGGUGCUGCCGUGCGAGGAGUAUAUAUUUACGGUGGACUGGGCGGGGGCGGUGCGGGCGUGGCGGCGGCCGCGACCAACGGUGGCGCAGCUGGCCAUCUCGCGGAGCCACGCGCGGAAGCAGAGCCAGACCAAGGUGCACAAGGAGAGCCUGGGAUGA